AUGACCCUGCCUUCCGAUGACCCAGCAGCUCACAGAGUGACGGUCUGCCGUCUGCCCUGGGUCCCCCCAUUCUGCCCACCGGGCGGUGCCCACUCGGAAGCCGGGCCAGUCAACUCCCUCCCAGAUGUGCAGGUGCCUGUGUGCCCCCUCUGUAACAAACCAAUACCUGUGAAGCGAGGGGAGCCUCCAGAUAUUCAAGUAUCUCAACAUAUUGAUAGUGACUGUCAAUCAGAUCCAGCUAAAGAGAAAAGAAGGGUAUUCUCUAACAAAUGCUCACUGAAGGGAUGCAAACAGAAAGAGCUUGUUCCUGUCCUGUGUUCUUCAUGUCAGCGUAACUUUUGUCUUCGUCAUAGACACACCGCAGAUCAUGAUUGUAAGGGCUUUCAAGGAAGUGGUCGUAUCAUUUCAAAGCAAGGUUCUGCAGCUAUAAACAGAGCUUCAUCACAUGGUGCUACUGGUGGAUCUGCAGAGCCUCAAAAGGCCACUUCUGACAAGAAUCUGGACAGAGGAAGAGGAGAGAGAUUUGUUGGCAGUCAUGCAUCUCAAAUGCAUCAACAUGGCACAACACAGCCUUCAACAGUUUUUCAAGCAGCUUUGUCUGAAGAUGAAGCCAUGACUCGAGCAAUACACAUGUCAUUAACUGAGCAGCAGCCAGGUAAAUCCAGCCCUGAUCUACAUGUACAUCAAGAUCAAGAAGCAAUGGAUCUAGCAUUAGCUAGGGCACUGCAAGAAAGUGAAAGGGAGGAACAACAAAGGAGGCGUCAGGAGCAACAACGUGCUGGACAGCAACAAACGUCAGAUGCAAGCAGGUGUCAUGUGGCAUAGCCUGCAACCAUAAGCCGACAGGUUGAACCUCACGCUUGAAGAAUGCAGAUUUCUCUGCUGUAUUGUAUUUGUUAGGUCAGGAUGUGUUUGGCUGUUUAUUAACUUUAACAAAGAAAAGGCCCAGGGAGUUUUAGGUUCAAGGGAACUUUGACAAGUUAGAUUUUCUCUUUUUAAUGCAUCGAUUAAUAGUGGAUGUAGCAUGUACAUGUAUGCCAUUUGCUUCUUUACAAGUUUGAACAGAUCUUAUGUGUGCAUUUGACAUGUUAUGCUUGGCAAAAUAACCUAUAGUGUUGUGAAUAUGCAAAACAAAGUUUCAUUAAACCAGAUUUUGGUUUCAGAGGAGGGGGGCAUAUUCUAAAGCAAAUGUUGGGUGAGAAAAAAUAUCAAAAGCCUCACUUGUCCGAACAUCCUUGGGUUUAUUUUGUGGUGUUGUUUUCUAAGGGUGCUAAUGUUUGAUAAAUAAAUACACUGCUGUAUUCGUUCCCCCGAAAAAUAAAGUUCCGUCGGUUGGGGGUAAGUUGCCCCCUACCAACUUUGACGGCCACCAAGAUCUUCGAAUAAUAGCGUGGUAUGAUAGCAGAGGUGGUAUCAAGUCAACUUUUGCAAGCAAAGACAAAUGGCAAGUUAAUUUUUGCAAGGUUAGGGGCUAGAUUAGAGUUGUCAGUUGACGAUUCUUUACAGGAGUCGACUCAGGGUUCCCAGGUUCAGCAGCUUGGCAGUUGUUAAUUUUUCAACUCCUGAUUUGUAUAAAAUAGUCUGAAAAAAAGGCCCAAAUUUCUGAGAUUCCCCUACUAACACGUUGGAAAUCAGGAAAGCACAGUAAUUUUACUGAUGACUGUGGGAUCUGGAUUCGUUGGAUCACCCACAAAACAUAAAGAUUUCAUAAUAGGAGGUGUUGGUAGUUCAAAAUAAAAAUUGAAAUGUACAAAAUACUACUCACAACAUGGUACAAGCAGUGCACCAACCACCUGAGCUACCAGUCGGUGUCCUCUGUUGCAUUACUUGUACACCCGCACCUAAAUGUUACAGUCCAUGCCCUAUGAGACGACAAGAUGGCGGCUAGCCCAGGUUGGACGUUGUCUUUAUUUCAUUACGACUAACGUCCAGGUUCUAAGACUUGGGUAUACACGAAACGACCACAAGUAUGGUUCUAAAUUUGUCACGGUUUAUCAUGUUGAGGAAACUAAUUUUUUACGUUUACAAGUUUUUGGCCUUAUCUAUCCGUCCUGGAGGUUAGAAUUUCAGAACGAACCAUGGGGUGCAAAAUGGAGGAAAAUAAGUGAGAGACAACAUUACUCGUAUCGUGUAGACGUAAUUCAUCCGUUCUCUCGAGUUGUGAAGUGCACGCACGUACAGAAAUCCGAGCUGCGUGCACGCACUAUACGCGUGCGCGAUUGCCAGUGAAGGUCUGUUACACGCCUGCCACAUGGAGGCCGUAACUAGUACCCGGCUUUAUCCCGCCUGCCGUUUAGCCGAUGUAAAAAAUGCAGUUCUGUUUGAUCGGGGGCUUUAGACUGACCAAUUAACCGCCUAUUAAAUAUAUGACCCUAAAAUGGUCAUAUUUUGGUCACAUCAUUGGUCAGUGGUCAGAUCUGAAAUGACAAAAAAUCAUACUGGUAGGAAUAUCUUCAAACUAAAUGCUGGCGAACUAAAGAUUUACUUCACACCUAUUUAAUGAAAAAAGUUCAUUAUAUUGGCGUCAAACACUCUUAUAAUUGAAAAGAAAUGAAAUCAAAAUAUACCUGCUUUGUCAACGUUCCUGCCAGGCAGCUCGAAGGCCUAACGGAAAUAAAAGGAUAAUUCAAAGUACAAGUUGCUGGAAGAAAAUGCAAACAAUUUGUAAAGUGUUAGAAUCAGCAGAGAUCUCCAAUCAACAGGACAAUAUGAAGCAAAAUAUGGGACAGAGGGAACUCCCUCCCCGCCUUUAUGUUGGUCAUUGUUAUACUGGUAUCCCAGGAAUUCUUUUUACACAUCUAGGGGUUAGUCGACAAUAGACUGGAGUUUGUACUUGUUGGGGGUCUCUGUCCCAUUUCGUGCCUGGUAUAAGCAAGGAGGAUUUGAAAAUCGACUAACAAUACCGAUCAACCCAACCAACCAGAGGGAUGAGGUUUCAGACAGCUUGGGGUGUAUUGGUGUUAUGGAGCUUUGGUCCCGUCAAAAGCUUAUGUUUUUCACAGCAGGUUGUGAUUUAACCCUUAAUCUUAAGUCAGCUGUAACACGAGACAGUAACCCCAACUUUUCGAGUACUCUUGUUGUGAUUAUGAAAACCCUGUAGUAACAUACAUGAAUAUAUUUUGAAAAAGUUCUGAUGUUUUAUCAAAGAAAUGAUUUCUUUGAAGAUCGUUUUUGAGACAUAACAAUUUUCUCGAAAGUUAUACAGCAUUUUGAAAGUUAAUACUUGGAAAAAUAUCUUAAAAGAAACGAUUCAAAGUAUAUAUCUCGUAAAACGAUUCGUUUCCAAAUCAAAGGCGUUUUUGAGAGAUCUCUUAAAAAUAAAAAAAAAUCAUGAAAACGAAGUAGACAACCAAUUCAUAAUAAUCGAUCAUUCAAAAAGUAUACAUCACGUUUUAAAAAGAUGGAACUGCACGAGUUUCCGUAAUUAACCAAUGAAUUGUAUCAACUAUUAAUCUUGGUUCUUCGUUUCGUUUCACGAGUUUUGCAAUUAAAACACACAAACCCUAUUUUCAAUAUUGCUUUCAUGAUUUGUUACGCGUCAGAAUUUUAAAAUACAACAUGUUUUAUUCACUUCGUUAUUGAAAAAUAAAAUGCCGAUUUAAGACGAUGAA